AUUACAUCGUUUUCAUGUCACUUCCUUUUUAUUUCUUGAACUUCUGUACCCUUCAAUUAAGAAAAAAAAUUGUAAAAAGUAGGCUGGUUUUAAGCUAUGUUACAUGGAUCAGGAAUCAUAUGUCGGACAUGCAUGUCUCUGAUAAAUGUCAGAUCUUGAACAUGCUAAAAUAGAUUUUAGAUUCAAGUGUUAUAUUCAGUGUCUGAUAAAUGUCAGAACAUGAACAUGUUAAAAUAAAUGAAGAGCUUACUGUUCAUAUAAACACAGAUUUUAGAUCGAAACUUGACAUAAAUAGCCUUUUACUUAGUUGUGGCCAUUCCAACUAACACCUAUAUGAAUGUGAUUUUACAUACAACAUCAGAUUUUAGAUCGAGACUCACAACCUGAAUGUGAACAACCAAUUAAAUUCAACUCUCUUCCCCUCAAACUUCACAAUUCAUCUGCAAAUUUUCAAAAUAGUUUCCGUAGAAAAAGCAAAAAAAAUGAUGAGCUUCAAAGAUUUGUCAAAAAAGUAAAGACAGAUUUCCGAUGCAGAUAGCGUUGGAACAAGAAGCAUUGAACGUCCAGAGCCAUUAAUUGUAAUUUGUAGGCUGAUAAGAUUGACAGAGCCCAAGCAUAGGCCAGCCAACCCAUCAGCGACCUUUCCCUCUUAAACCUAGUAAUCAAUCCACUCGUGUCGGUUCCACCCUUGCCCUUUUUUCACCUCCCCAAUUACUCUCUUUCUUAAAAGGUACAUAAAAUAUCUAAUGCUUCUGUCAUGUUCACACUCACCUUUCACUUUCAGUUUAAAAAGACAUAAAUGUAUGGCGUGAAACCAAUGCCUUUGCUAUUCAAAAUCCGUCAUUCACAACCCAAUUUUCUCAGUAAAAGCUACUCCUGACCUCCAUUCCUUCUCUUCAUCUUCUUCUUCUGUAACCAAUAAAGCGUGUAUAUGUAUUUAUUUAUAUGUAUCCCAGCCUUCCUGAGUUUUAACCACAUAUUGUACUUCCUUUUCCUUUUAAACUCUUUGUUUUUACUCUUGGUUUUCUUCUUCUUUUUGUUGAGUUGCCUUUGGUGCCGUUGUUAGGUGGGUAGAUAGGACUUUUUGUGUUGCUUUUUUUUUUCUUUCCUCUCUUUCUUUUCUUUUCACCCUGCGUUUGAGGCGGAUAAACUGGGACUCUUUUGCACAAUCCAAAUUGCAAGCCAAGGCAAAAGGUGGAAUUUGCAAAGAAAGGGUGAAAUCAGAUGGAAGAGCAAAGCGACUUUCGACACUGGGAUGAACUAAUUCCUGAUGCACUGGGGCUAAUCUUCAGUAACCUGUCCCUACAAGAGGUAUUAACAGUCGUUCCCAGUGUCUGCAAAUCCUGGAGAAAGGCUGUGACAGGUCCCUAUUGUUGGCAAGAGAUAGACAUCGAAGAAUGGAGCAAAAGAUGCCAGCCAGACCAAGUUGAUCGGAUGCUUCGUAUGCUGAUCACCAGAAGCAGUGGAUCUCUCCGCAAGUUAUGUGUUUCAGGCCUUCAGAAUGAUAACAUUUUCUCGUUCAUCACAGAGCAUGCUGGUUCCCUUAAGGCGUUACGACUGCCGAGAAGUGAAAUGAGUGAUUCAAUAGUUGAAAAAACUGCUGGAAGGCUUUGCAUAAUCACUUUUUUGGAUUUGAGUUACUGUGGCAAAAUUGGUGCCCGUGCUUUAGAGGCCAUUGGAAAGCACUGUAAACUGCUUGUUAGUCUCUGUCGCAACAUGCAUCCGCUGGAUACAGCAGGCAAGCACUCGCAGGAUGACGAGGCAAAUGCCAUAGCUGCUACAAUGCCUAGGCUCAAGCGUCUUGAGAUGGCUUAUCAUCUUAUCAACACAGGAAGUGUUCUGAACAUCCUUUCCAGCUGUCCUCUGCUUGAAUUUUUGGAUUUAAGAGGUUGUUGGGAUGUGGAACUUGAUAAUCAGCUCCUGAAGGAAAAAUUCCCAAAAUUGAAGGUUUUGGGGCCCCUUUUCAUGGAUUACUAUGAAACGGAUGAAUGGGAUUAUUGCUCGGACUAUUCUUAUAGUUCUGGGUAUUUGGCCUGGGAGUUUGAAAUGGAUGACUAUGAUGAUUAUGACCUCUACGAUGAAAUGUGGCACGAGGAGGGGAGACUGGAGGGACUUGAGCUGAGGUUCUAUGAAGGAAUCGGUGAGGAUGCUGGAAUAUUCGGUUGGCCUCCAUCUCCUUAGGUUUGUUCUUUUGCUUCCAUGCUGCCUUUUUUUUCUAGUCUAUAUCUAUCAGCUUCUAAAUAUGAAACCAUGUGUUUCUAUUAAAAUACAUCUUAUGUUUCAAUGUGAACUUAGAAGUUUGUGGUUUGUAUCCUUUGUUUUCCUGAUAAUCUAAAGAAUGAAUGCCUUUGUAUAGUGUACUCUGCUGAUAAUAUCAAUCACAGGAGAGUUCAUAAUCUGAUCUAAAUGCUACUAUUUGUCAUUUUAACUCUGGAACAGAAAGAUUGGGUGAGAUCUUCAUGAAAUAUUUUCCUCUUAUUAUGCUAAGGUGAAACAGUAGCCAUGGCCAGAUGGCCCACUUGGAUUUUUAUGGGAGUAGGGCCAGUUCCUGGGAAACCAACGCCAGGCUGCUUCCUACUUUGCAAGCAAAUUGUACCUAGCUUUUCAAUUUGAAUGGCCUGGGGUCAUUUUCGAACUUUUUUUUUUCUAUGGUUUUUCAACCCUAAAGAUAAAAAAAAAAAUAAAAAAUGAUGCCAUUGCUACCCGUCUGCAAAAAGGCCGAAGGGCUUUAAUCUUUUCAUCUUCGUGCUUUACUCCAUCUUGGUUACUCUCUCUUUCCUGCAAUCUGCGCUUCAAUUCCCCCUUUCUUGUGUUUUGCCUGAAUGCAUCCUGUUCACGUAAUUCAGAAUCAUCACUUUUCAAGUUUUCCAUGAUUAUGCUAUUUUUGGUUGCUUUAUCAAAUCAUUAAUAC